UAAAAAAAACCUACAAGGAAAUGGGAGGACUAAUUUUAGCAGGGGCUCAGAAGGUAUCAGACAGAGUUACUCAAAGAAGCAAGGAACAAGCACGUCUUCAUAUUGGGGAGAUCAAGUCAAGAGAAACAAAAUGAACCUGCUCACCCAGCAAACGGUGAUGCUUUGGCUCUCUGUUGCUCGCACACUCACAACAGCAGAGCUGGUGAAGCUAAGCACUGUUGACUCUGUCAUUGUGCCAUGUCACCAGCGUGUAACCCUCCGAUGUGACAUCACCACCUUCCAGGAGGGGCUGUCGAUCAAACAUCUGGCCUGGGUCCGCCAGGACGGCAAGCACCUGUGUGACGUUAACGGAACUGGAGUGACCGGGACCCACUCAGGGAGCACACCUAGUACCAUGGAGUGUAGUUAUACCCCACAGACACAGCUGACCCUGACUCUGCUGCAGGUACAGCCACUGGAGCGGGGAAAGUACUUGUGCAAGCUACGCUCCAAUCACGGAGUAAAGGAGGCCACUACAACGGUGGAGCUGCAAGAGUGCUACAGGAAGGCCCAGCCCAGUGUCAGUGAUGAGGGCCCAACCUGCCGCUUCACUGGGGUCUACCCUGAUGGAGAGGUGCACUGGUUCCAGGGAUCCAACAACGUGACUGGGGACUCUACAAUCAACACUAAACAAGUGGAAGAUGGAGAGUCAUUGACUAUAACUAGUUCCCUGAAAAGAAAGACCAUCUCUGGGGAAGGGGCCUACAACUGCUCCCUGUGGAUCCCCAGUACCGGAGCCUACCUGACCAGCAGCUUAGUGAUACCAGAGCAUAGUAAAGCCAAGGUUGUGCAGCCCAAUGCCAGUGGGGCAGGGUCCAUUGUUCCUUUGUGGAAACCUUUUCUAUUCCUCCUGAGUACUUUCUUCCUGGUGUGAUGUCUUGAAAACAAACAUUGACAAGCAAGUGGAUAAUUUAAUAAGAAUAUGGAAGAGCCAUUGUGUGAGGUUCCUUUCAUGGUCCAAAGGUUUCCUUGGCUGCGUAGAACAAGGAAAUGAUAACCUGAGGCUGGUAACCUGGUGCAAAUCAACCUAUUGUGAACGCACCCUUGUUGGUCUGCCAGUGCCAGAUGUUAAUUAGAUUGUUAAUUAAAAACAGCAAAUGGCAGUAGAAACAAUAACAAAGCUUACUUCCUACCCAUUUCGGUGAAAAGCUGAGGGAUGGGGCCGGAGAAAUGGAACCACUCUCAAAUUCAUAGACAGUGCUUUGAAUGCAUGGCCUGACCAUCCACGAUAUCAAAAUAAUUUGUUUUAACAAUGUUUUGAGGCUAUAUAGUGUUUUAUUAAAUUGGAGUUAAACAAGCUUCUGAUGGGGUAAGACAGUUGCACUAAGCUCAUGAGGCAUAUUAUAAUCUUCAAGAAUGAAUGUGUACAUAUGUAAAAAAUGAUGUAACAACAACUGAUUGCCCCUUUAAGGGCGUGACCUUUUGUAGAAAAGCAUUCCUGUUUGCGUUAAUCAGAGAGAUCCCCUUACUGUUCGUCGUGCUUUGGGCGGACAGGAGCGGUGGUUUAAUUGGGUUGAUUUUCUACGUUUGAUUGAAUGUGAGUUGUGCGAGAAACUUAUUGUUAGUAAUGAUGUCUGUGAGGUGAUAUUCCUGCUUAGGAUGGAUGUAAAUAAAUGGCUGCGUCCUGA